AUGGCACACAAAACCCUCUUCAGACCAACUUUCAUGCUCACUUUCUCGCUCCACAAAACGCCCAUUUCACUCACACAUCAUCCAUUUCGCCCCUCACAACAACCACCCUUUCCCUUCCUCAACAGUCAACUAAGCCCUCUUCCUCCAACAAAAAGAACAACCAACCACACUCACACCCUCUUAUGGUGCUCUAGUUUCAGCACCACCACCACAGCUGAGGGUUCGAAAAAAUGUUACCUUGACCUCACGGACGAGGAUCUUAUGCGGCAGUGCGAGAUGGACACCUUCAAGGCCUCAGGACCAGGUGGUCAGCACCGUAACAAGCGUGAGUCCGCAGUGCGCCUCAAACACCUCCCCACAGGAAUCAUUGCUCAGGCUUCAGAAGACCGCUCCCAGCACAAGAACCGCGCUUCUGCGCUGAAUCGCCUUCGCUCUCUUAUAGCUCUCAAAGUCAGGAAAACAGUGGAUCUCGAUCCUUAUUCACCGCCUCGAGAGCUUCUUCAGAUACUUCCUCCCAAAUCAUCCAUUAGAGGAUCAGACUGUGGUCCACAAAUUGGACCUAAUAACCCAAAAUUUGCAACCGGAAUGCAAGCUCUAUUGGAUUUAAUUUUUGCAGUUGAGGGGUCUGUCUCGGAAGCUGCAAAAUAUCUUGGGUUAUCCACUGGGGCAUUGUCUCGGUUAAUCCUAUCUGAUGAUUCACUUAGAAAGGAAGUAAAUGAUCUGCGGGCAUCAAAGACAUCUCAGAUUGAGAUAAGGGGUUCUUUUAUUUGCAGAAGACAACGCUUAGAACCUAGCCAGAAAAAGAGGGUCAUUGAAUAA